AUGGCCCGCGCUCUCGCUCUCGCCGUCGUCCUCCUCGUCGCCUCCGCCGCCGCCAGCGUGGCCUUCGCCGCGGAGGCCCCGGCCGCCUCGCCGAAGCACUCGGCCUCGGGCUCGUCGGCCUCGCCGUCGAAGGCGCCCGCGGCAGCCGAGAAGUCCGAGAAGGCCCCCGCGGCGUCGCCGGAGCACGCCGCGGCGACCCCCAAGGCGACCCCGGCGGCCUCCAAGUCGGAGACCGCGCCAUCCGAGGCGCCCACCUCCGAGUCCGGUGCCGCGUCGUCACCUAGCGAAAGCACCGCGUCGGAGGCGUCCCCCGCCGGUGCCCCCGAGAGCGAAACGUCCGGCAGCCCUUCCGCGUCCUCGUCGGAAGAGGCCGCGUCGCCCGACAGCAGCGCCGCCGCCGCGGAAGGGCCUUCCGGCAGCAGCGAGGCUGCCGCCGCCGCCGAGGAGCCGUCAACGGCGGAGGCGGCCACAGGCCCAGCCGCCGAUGGCCCGCCCGAACCCACCCACGCCUCGGACACGCCAGCGGAGUCUCCUGGUCCAGCCGCUGAUGAGAGCGGCAGCGCGGGCAUGGGCACCGGCGUCGCCGCCGCCGUGGUGGCCGCCGUCGCCGCCGCCGUUAUGCUUUCUUUCUAA